GGAAGUAUGUGAGUCUGGGGAAAAGGCGUGCCAGGCAGUGACAACAGCACGUGCAGAGGCCUUGAGGCAGGAGCCUCAGAAGGACUGACAGUUGUGAACCAGGAGAAAGCAGGAAACGAGGUAGGCUUGGCUACAGGCACACUUGAAAUACAUUUUCAGCAUAGCUCAAGAACCCACCAGCCACCCUCCCCACGGCCACCAUGUGGUCACCCUAGCCUUCUUGAAAAGCCUUGAGCAGAACUGUUCUGUGCCCACUCUGGGGCCUCUGCAGGGGCUGCCCCUCUUUCUGGGAACCCCCAUCCUGGUGUGCUCCAUCCUUCUCUCCCCCAAAGUCACGGCUCCAACAGCACCUGCUCCCCAUCCGAAUUGCGGAAGUGCAUAGCUCUUGCACUGCCUGAGAGUGUCAUCUUUCGUUGUUAGCUGUUUGUCUCUCCCAUUAGAUCUCACAAGCGCCAGGGGAAUAGAGGCCUCCAUCAAAGUGCGCUCAAGGACAGCAGGGGGCACAGAAGAGGCGCUGGGAAAUGCCAUGGAAUGGAUGAACGAGGGACGGAAGCUUUCUGCGCUGGUUACCAUAAUUUAUUCAUAAAAUACUGUUGUAUUUUGACUUCGGUUCGGCGUUAGGAAGCUUUGCGUUUGUAUCUGAAGACGACGUGAGAAAUAUACGGGGGAGGGCGAGACUGGGCGUGGAGGCCAGGGGGAGGCCGCUGGGACCAGCGAGGGUGGCCGGCAGCGGGGCUGGACACGGGGCAGGGACUUCCGCGCAAAGGAAGGAACCCCGGACUCGGCGGGGACGGCGGGCGCGCAGGGCGGGUAACGCCACGCGGGCCCGAGGGCUGGAGCCCGGGGCCCCGCCGCGCAGCGCACGCGCCGCGGGGACAGCGCUCCGCACAGCCCGGCCCGGGAGCUCCGCCCACUGGCGCAGACUCCACCCCAUGACUAAGCACCGCCCACUUAACCCCGCCCCAGCCCUAAGCCACACCCACGGGCUCAGGCCACGCCCCACAGGGAAGGCUCCCCUCUGGCUAGGCACCACCCACGUAGCCCCGCCCCUGUGGGCUAAGCCCCGCACCACCCCGAACCCGCCCACUGGAGCAGGCCCCGCCCCCGGAAGCCAUCAGCUCGCGCAGGCGCCCUAGUCCCACAGCUGCGUCCGGCCUGGCCCAAUCCCCCGCUUCCGGGGUGCCGUGAUGCCGCUGCCGCCGCUGUGCACUUUGCCGCUCGGCCCUGGGCCCCCGCGCUUCGUGUGCUACUGCGAGGGGGAGGGGAGCGGGGCCGGCUUCAACCUUUGUGUGACGGACGCCGCGGAGCUCUGGAGCACCUGCUUCACACCGGACAGCCUGGCGGCCCUCGAGGACAGAGCAUCCCUGACCCUUUCAGGGGGGCCCUCGGCACUGGACUUUGACCUCUCCAAGGUGCCGGGCCCAGAGGCUGCCUCCAGGUUGCAGGCACUGACAUUGGGCCUGGCAGAGCGCGUGUGCAGCUUGGAGCGGCAGCUGGCAGGUAGGGUGGGCGGUGGGCACCUGGCACCCUCACUAGGGUCCCCUGCCUGUGCCUCCAUUCCUGGCUUUCUUCCCCAGCUGCGGAGGAGACAGCCGCCAGCCCAAGGAAGAGCCCCAGGCUGGUGGGGCCUCAGCUCUUCUUACCAGGUAAAGCCUGUCACCUAUGAUGGGCUGGGGCUGUCCUCUUUCCUCUGGGACUCAGUUUCCCACGAACAAGCCUCAAGCUCCAGAGAGAGGAUCUGUCUUUGUGGAGAGGGGGUUAUGGUCCUGGGAUCCUGCCAGGUUCAGGACCCCCCUCCCAUCCUGUUUCCCCCAGACCCAGAUCCUCAGAGAGGGGGCCCUGGACCUGGGGUCAGGAGAAGGUGUCCAGGAGAGUCCCUCAUCAACCCUGGCUUCAAGAGGUACCCACCCACCUGCCCCUUCCUCCUGUGCUCAGGGUCCAUCCCUGGAGCCCUGCCCUUCCCUCCAUACCCCUGUAGUGUCACCCGCUCUUCUCUCCUAGUAAGAAACCAGCCAGUGGUGUAGACUUUGACGACCCCUGAAGCUGCAGCAAAAAGUGUGACCCUGCCAGGAGUCCACCUUUGCAGAGAGGGGCAGCCCCUGGGACCACCACUGGAGACCACACCACCGCCACCUGCCCGUCCUGCUGGCCAGCAGGAACAGAACUGCUUCUGGAGCCCCUUCCACGUCAAAUAAAUGGCUUUCUCAGGUGAA